CACAGCGUCAUUUCAGGCUCCAAAAGACUUCAGGAAGAGCCAUUUGCAGCAGAGAGAGCACACUUGAUGAAUCUAGCCGGAGGAAAGCUACAGGGCUUGCCCAAGGCUCUCAGAGAGAAGGUAGAGAAGAUCGUGCACGAGGCUCCUGCCAGUGAGGAGGUCUUCGAAGCGGUGAUAGAUCACUUCCAGCAGCAGCAGCAGCAGGACAAUCCAAAGAGAAAGAAGCUGGAAAGCGGUGUGCAGCACCCUCUGGCGCCGUCUGCGGCCACGAUAUCGUCCCUAGAGGGCACAAACAUCAUGCUACAGCUACCGGAUCUCUCGAUCCAGUCGCCGUUGCGGAAGAGACUCAACUUGCUCUUCGGAGCGGUCAAGGGCGAGAAGAAGGCGUAUCUGGCGUUGACAAAGUCGCUGGAGGCCAAGCCUGAACUCCUCUUGCGGUCGUUGAGUCCUGACAACAUCAAGUUUGCAGCGAUCCUGAACGUCCCGGAAAAGAAACCGCUGCGGUACCUGCUCGUCGACUACAUCCACAACGACGGCGACGUCUUCAAGAAUGAUCCGCUCUUGAUCCAGUUCAACAACGACCAGCUUGAGGAGCAGUUUGGUUCCAUCUUGAGCGGGAAGACGUUUGUCCAGUAUCUCACGUCGCAGCUGUCCUUAAUCGACUUCAAAGUGUUUGACUGCACGUCCCACGACGAAACCUUCUCUGUCCAGGCCUACAAGGGCAACAGGGAGGGAUACCUCUAUUUCUUGCCGAACCACGUCAUCUUCGGAUUCAGGAAACCGAUCCACAUCUUCAACUCGACGGACAUCGAGAGUAUAACGUACAACUCGAUCACAAGACUGACCUUCAACGUGCUCCUAGACGUGAGGAUACACGGCAUGGUAGAGAAGUACGAGUUUAGCAUGAUCGACCAAAAGGAGUUCGAAAAUAUCGACAGUUACGUGAAGACCAAGGAUGUCAGAGACAACUCCAUGGCCGACGAACACAAGGCCCAGAAACAGCUCAAAAACAAUACAGAGGCUCCAAGCGACCUUGCCGAAGCCGCCAAGUUGGUUCCGGGCGGAGAACAGUUGAUUCCUUCGGGCGGCGUUCCUGGCGUUGCCCAUGGCCAAGAUGACGACGAGGACGACGAGGACGAUGACAACUACCACAUCGGUGAUAGUGACGACGAUCAUAGUGACAACAGUGGACCAGAAGACAAUAUGGAGGAGGAGGAAGCCAACGACGAAGAUGGGCACAACAUCGGCGAGCAAGAUGAUGAAGACGAUGAAGAUGACGACAACUACGACGAUAAUGGCGAAGAAGGAGAUGAUGAUGAUCUUGUCGGCCACGAAGACGAUUACACUACGGGCUUCACCCCUGGCUCAAUUGUGGGGCUCGACAGCUUCGGUGCCUUCGAUGAGAAUUUACAGGAAGAGCUCCAAGACCUUCAGAAGGAUAUGAACAUAGAUAUCAAUGAACUACGGAAGGAAGGAUAUAUCGAUAUGUAGAAUAGUGUAGUAUAUCUCUGUAUGCUUGGUCCCAAAAAUCAGGCUAAUAAAACUAAUUUAUCGCAAAG